UGUUGGGGAGUAUGGCUGUCCAAUGUGGAGCGGGGUACUUACUAGCCUAGCAUCCUAGCAUCGUAAUGGCUCAUAAGAUGCCACCAGCUAAUGAUGCGUUCCGUUUAGAGCGACUUCCAAGCUGGUAAAUGUUCAUCUAAAUCCAACCUCAUCGGCACCAAGUUACAACAGACCACAACAGAAAUGGCCGGAAUUAUCAAAAAGCAAAUUCUGAAACAUUUGUCAAGGUUCACCAAGAAUCUGUCCCCAGACAAGAUCAACCUGAGUACCUUGAAGGGGGAGGGGCAGCUGUCCAACCUCGAGCUGGAUGAAGAGGUUCUGCAGAACAUGCUUGACCUGCCUACCUGGCUGGCAGUCACUCGCGUUUAUUGCAACAAAGCCGCCAUCAGGAUACAAUGGACCAAGUUAAAGACGAGUCCCAUUUGCUUGUUCCUGGAUAAAGUAGAGGUAGAGAUGAGGACAUGUGAGGAACCACGUCCUCCCAAUGGCCCUUCUCCUAUUGCUAUCACAGCAGGCCAGAGCGAGUACGGCUUUGCUGAGAAGGUGGUGGAGGGCAUGUCUGUUAGAAUAAACUCCAUCACCAUCAAAGUACAGGCUCGCGCCUUCCACGCCUCUUUCGAGCUGUGGCAGCUGCAAGGUAACAGCCUCAACCCAAAAUGGCAGCGCACCGACCUCCGCUCCACCCGCAUCACUGACCCAAAAAGAGGAGAGGUGUUGACGUUCAAAGAAAUUAACUGGCAGACUUUGCGCAUUGAGGCAGAUGCCAUUGAGAGUGACGACCAGGAUUUGGGUAGCACCCCUUUACGGCUCAUUACUAAUCAGGGACGCAUUCGGAUUGCUUUAAAACGCAGAAUAAAGGACUGCAACGUUUUGGCCUCCAAGCUGCUUUUUAUUCUGGAUGACUUGUUGUGGGUGUUGACCGACUCUCAGCUCAAAGCCAUCAUCCGUUAUGCAAAGUCCCUCAGUGAGGCCAUGGAGAAGUCUGCUCAGCAGAGGAAGAGCAUGACUACAGAUUCCCUGCAGACUGCUCCUCCAUCACCUGGGCUCCACAACCUUUGGACAGAGUCAACAACCCCUCCUACUGGCUCACCCAACAACAUGAGUCAAUAUUUCGAUCGCUUUGACGUAAAAGAAUCUUCCUACCACACUUUCAUUUCCCGCUUGGACCUACAUGUAUGCAAUGACAGUUCCUCUGUGGCUGAAGAUAUUGAAGACUCUCCAGGUUUGCAGGGCGCAAUGCAACUGACCUUUAGGAAGUUAGGCAUGGAUUACUAUCCUGUCCACAGACCUGCUGAUGGUUGUCGACACUGGGAACGCUACUGCAAAGCUAUGGAAGCUCAUGUGCAGUGGGCAGGGAAACUGCUACAUGAGUACCAGAGGAGGACAGAGUCCUCUGGGUUUCCUGGUCCACAAACUGAGGUGCUUGAGCCAGGCAAUGAUUCACCGGCGAGGACACCUAGAGAUGGAACAACCAGUCCCAAGUCACAUCCCUCUGAUAAAGACCAGGCUGCUAAAAAUAACUCUUUCAUGAGUCCUUCAGUCUCAACGCUAAAGAGGUUGCGGUCAAGCUGCAUGGUGAUCCGAAUGGAUGACGUUGACAUUCACCAGGUGUCAACAAAGAGUCGUCAAAACAAGAAAACCAAACCUUUGUUCUCAUGUAAUUGUAAACCAGAUAAUGUACCUGUUGUUCAUCUGCAGUUUACUGAGUACUACUUUCCCAAUAACCCCAGUUUCACAGUGCCAACCUCGAACCUGUACGCCCAGAUAAAUGGCCUUCAGCUUUGUGUUGACCCAGAAAGUGUGCUGUGGAUUAAUCUCUUUUCGAGAGGGUUGCUACACACGUUGGACCAGGUCAAAGCGUUCUACCAUUUGCAAGACAGCAGUAAAGCAGACGAGCAUGUUGACAUCCGUGUGGAUGCAUCUCAACUCAAGGUGGUGAUUCCCCUUGAUUCUUCUAUAUUGGACCAUCCAGAGCGUCCACAGUCACUUUCUGUUACUGUACCUCAGAUGGCUUUUAGCAACACCCGCCACUGUCCCAAUGGCUCCAGAGCCGACCUCAGCAUUACCUGCGACAGUUUCGAGAGCUGUUCUUUCUUCCAGGCCAAGCCACCUUGUCCUUACCCCAGAGAUCGCAGUGCCUUCUGCGCCAUUCCCUCCGUCUUCUUCCAGCACUCCAAAGAGACACCAUCCACGACCAUUACACAGCUACUGAGAUCUCAAGAUGUCUGGUGCCUAACCCUGUCCCAUGUCACACUAGGUUUUGAUGGAACCCGACGACUCCCCAAAGGCAAAACAGUCUCUUUUGUGGAACCUUUUGCUAUCUCUGCGUGGUUGUGCCAGCCUGCUGCCUGGUCCAGAGGUUCAUUACGUUCUCCCACCAGCCCUUGCACGGUCCAUCAGACACCGUCAGAACUUCCCCAUGAAGAUGAUUCGCUCGCCUGUAUUCACAUCAUGGCUCAUAUCAUCACUCCAGUCAAGAUGUGGCUCAACCACUAUCAAUAUGUGGCUUUGCUAAGAAUGAAGGAUUCCAUGGCACGUUUGGGUGUGGAAUUAAGUCGGGGUUUUCAGGAUAUUAAGCAUAGUUAUGACCAAAAGUCAAAACCCGCCACAGUUUGUCUUGCCCUGCUAUUGGAUACAGUAGAAAUGGGUCUUUUGUUACCACCAACUAGCACAGAACAUGAGGAAGAGCUCCCCCAAAGUCCAGCAACUGACAGCCCCAGUCUGACCGACUCUGACGUCUCCCCUACUCAUCACUCUAUAGAUCUAAUUCCCGAGGACAGCGGGUUGGAAAAUGGCAUGUCCUCCCACAACACGGGCCACGAUGCAUUUCAUCAGGAUGAACCCGACGGGACUGUGGAAGAAGCAUGUGAAGCUGUUGAAGGUGAACUGGAAGGUGAUACCUUGACUAUUCUUGAAGACACCCCAGUCCUAUCACCUCAGCUCUCACCUGUUAAUUCCCCCGUCAUCUCUCGAGAGCCCUCCACCUUUAGCCUCGAGGGGGAACUAUCAAGCGCUAUCAAUGUCACCAAAGAUGCGACCAAAGAUGCUCUUAAUGCCUCUCUGGACUUAACCAAAGGCGCUUUUUCAAUAACAAGAGAUGCCCUUAGCAUAUUGAGUCGUGGUUCUGGGAUGAGCAAAUUGUUCAGUCCACACAAUAAGGAACAAGUCCAACAAUCAGAAGAGUCUUCCCUCUCCCUUGUGGCUAGCCUAAAGCAUCAAAUGAUGAAGCAGUCGCCUUCCCAACAUUCCUUCGACAGCGCUAUCUUGGAUGGCAGUCUGCCUGAUGAAAACCUCUCUGUGGGCAGUGAUUUCAGCGACAAUUUUGUUGUUCUCAUGGAAUCAGAAUCGGGCGUAGAUUGUGCGCGUCCUAGUGUCAAUCCUUCCGGCAGCCGCGGCAACCCUGCUCUUUGCACGGAGAGAGAGUCAUCAGCUGAUCUCAGCAGCUCCCUUUCAUUCAGUACAGAGGAUACAGCUGCAGAUAUGUCCUCAGUGCUGUUACUCGUUUUGAAUGGAACAUCCUGCACAAUGGAAGUAAAGGGAGAAGACCAAGUUAUCGCGCUACAAACCCAGGAUUUGAGUCCGAUACAGAUGGGCAACGUGAGGGUUUUUGACCUGCUGGCUGGUGUCAUUCAAGCUCCUGUCCACAAGCAAAAUGGACAAAUUAGCAGGGACUCUCCUGCAGUGUGUAUGCGAGCGGAAACGGGUCCAUCCGCCGCACGACACUCGUCCGAAACGACUUGGGGUCUGCUGGACGUGAGACUGCAAGACUUUCACGUGGAGCUGUUAACCUCCACCAUUGCAAAUAUAGGGCCUUUUCUGGAAGAUGAGUUUAGUGUGGAUGGUCAACCAAUGAACCUGCACUUGUGCAAUGUAACUGUUACAAUAAAGGACGAUAGCCCAAGAAUUUACCCAACAGCUCCUCAGCCGACGUCAGCCACAUUUGUUGUAGAUCGGCUGCUUCUUGAGCGCAGUGAUGACGGCAUGAUGAGGCUCAAGGCUGAAACUCCAUACAGUCCAAACUGUUCACACUCUGUUCAACAGCAGAGCGAGAGGCAAACCCUGGAGUCCAAGCUUUCUGACACCCAGAUGGCCCUCACGCAAGCUCUCAGUGACCGUGAUCGUCUCCUUUUGGAGCUCAAAAAGUAUGACCCUGAGUUUACUUUCUGAUCCUUUUGAAUAUUGCUUCUGGGGAAGAACACUGUCAACCUCUUCUGAGCAUGCUGGGAAGUGAGGACGAUUACAUGAUGCAACUUUGAAAUGCUGCAAUUACUAAAGGGGAACAUGGUCUGGUUCAUCGUAUAUGGACAAUGACACAUUUGACUCAGUGGAUUUGAAAAGAAACUUGAGGUUUGAUUAAAUGAUUCUCGUUGAUUCAAAGUAUUUUGAAAUGAUUGCAUGACAUGUAAGGAGUUACAGCCAUUUUAGCUGAGGUUCUGUUACUGUAGUUAACUACUAUAAGAAACUUCAUGUUCUGCAGCUGACUUUGUGCGGGAAGCAGGGUACACACUGGAAAGGCUGCCAUUAAUCGCUGUUAUUAAAUUAUACACUGUAAUGAUUUUUUUGUAAUUUCAAAUCCAUUGUGACAGUCCAUAGAGGCAAUAGAUAUUUAAUGUGUCACUGCCCAAAUAAUUCCAGACCAAGCAGUAGCUGUUACUUAUCAAGACUGUGAACUGAAUGUUUUCUGACCACUUUAGCGUGGACAGUCAAGUCAGUGUGUUUUUAACAUUUGUCACACUGCAUGCAAUGUUAGCUACUGUAUCAUCAGGCUUUCAAUUCUUUCCACUUGAUAGUUUACGGUACGGCUAUUUAAAGUUGAACACAUGUCAAAUAUUGUACGUGUUAAGCUUAGGACUUUGUAUGGUAGAUUGUAACUUUACAAAAGAUGCUUAUUUAUUUAUGUAAAAUGAAUAGAGGUCGACUGAUAUGGGAUUUUUAAAGGCAGAAAAUUGCAAGUUUUUCCUGUUUUGGAUGAUAGUGUAACAAAAACAAAACAAAAAAAAGACUAAAAAGAUGGCGCUUUAUCUCAUUCACUGCCAUUGAUAGACAAUGACUACGGUAGACGUCCAAUUAUGUGGCUUCAUCCUUCUGUGAUUUUGAGUUUACCACAAUUAGACAUCUAAUCUGAUUUGUUUUGCAUAAAAUGUCAUUAAAUAUAAUAGUACACGGCAUAUGUUUUAAAAAUGUACGCAAACUAUUAUAAUGGAAACCAGGUUCGAACCAGCACUUAGGAACAGAUCGAUUUAAACUAUUAUCAUUAUUAAACGAGAAAGGGUAAAGGGUUAAUUAGGGUCUUCUACUAACUACAGGUAGUCCCCAGGUUAUGACGUACCUGACUUUCAUGAUUUCGACAUUACAACGCCGGAGUCUCAUCCGCAAUUUUUGUCUCCAGUCGUAGCUAUUUUUUUAUAUAUGUAUAUACCGGUAUAUAUAUAUAUAUAUAUAAUAUAUAAUAUAAUAAUAAUAAUAUAAUAUAUAUAUAUAUUUUUUUAUUAGGAUCAUGGAAGCUUCCA